ACGAUGUCAUUUCCUGGUGAAUUCCUGUCAGAGGAGCAGUUCACCUGUUCCAUAUGCCUCGACAUCUUCACCAAUCCCGUCUCCACGCCCUGCGGCCACAGCUUCUGCUCCUCGUGCAUUUCCUCCUACUGGGAGGGCCAAGGAAAGACUUGCUUCUGCCCUCUGUGCAAAGAAAGCUUCCGCAAGCGCCCCGAUCUCCACGUCAAUCACACGCUCAAGGAGAUCACGGAGCAGUUCAAGCGGAUGGCAGAGACCACAGUCAGCGUGCCUAAAACUGCUACAGAUUCAGCUCCAAACCCAUUCUCUGCACCGAAGCCUGGAGCGCAGCAAAGACCAGUUGAGCUGCCCAAAGGCCUGUUCCAGGAGAUGAGGACCCGCAUGCAGAGAUCUUCAUCAACAUCUUCGUCCAGUGAGCCUGUAGCAUCCGGCGAUCCUCAGUCAUUCCCCAAUGUCAAAAUGCCGAGACGAAACUUUAGCAUGACCGCAGCGGGAUCUAACGGGCCGCAGUGUCCCAAACAUGGCUACAGUUUGGAGCUGCUCUGCAAGACUGACCAGAUGUGUAUUUGCGCAGUGUGUGCAGAGAGCGAACAUUACGGCCAUACUGUCACGGAGGCCAAGAGAGAGAUGAAUAUCAGGAAGUCUCAGUUGCGGAUCCUGGAGGUGGAGCUUCAAGGAUUGAUAACAGUCAGAGAGAGAAAGAUAGAGGAGAUCCAGACAUCACUUGCUGAAAUUCAAGUGAAUGCGGAGCGAGAGAAAGCAGGCACCAUCAGUAUGUUUGCUGAGUUAAUGAAAUCGGUUGAGAAGUCGCAGGCUGAACUGCUGGAGGUGGUGGAGAUGGGACAGCGGGCUGCAGAACUGCGCUCUCAGGCCUUCAUUCGUGAGCUGCAGACGGAGAUCUCAGACCUGAAAAACAGAUGCAGCACCAUCAAUCAGCUGACCCAAUCCCAAGACCAUCUUACCUUCUUCAAGACAUUUUCAGCCCACACUAGUUUACCUGUGAUGAAGAGCUGGACAGAGAUGGCUCUGACCCCAGACCCCACGGCAGGGGUGGUGCUGAGAAACGUCUCUCAGAUGGUGGAGGAGGUUCGGCAAGGCCUGAGAAGACUCUCUGAGAUCUGUUUGCACCCUUCCACAGAAAGAUCACUGGAAGUAUAUCAACAAAGUGUGUGGAGAGCACCAGGAUUUCCAAUGGACGUGACCCUAGACAGAGACUCUGCUCACCCUCGUCUGAUCAUCUCGGAGGAUGGGAAGCAGGUGCAGUGCAGUGACCGAUACCAGAAUGUGGCAGACACACUCGAGCGCUUCGACCGCGUGGUGUGUGUUCUGGGCCGCCAAGGUAUCAACUCUGGCUGCCAUUACUGGGAGGUCCUGGUGGGUGACAAGACGGACUGGGAUUUGGGCAUCGCCGGUCGCUCCAUCAACAGGAAAGGGAAAAUAGCCGCCAAUCCUGCUAAUGGAUUCUGGUUCUUAAGUCUACGUGACAAGCAAGAUUAUGUCUUCCGCACCGAGCCAUCGACACCUAUAAUUGUAAAUCCAAAACCACAGCGCAUUAGCAUUAAUGUGGACUAUGAGAGAGGCCAGUUGUCUUUUUAUAAUGCAGAUACAAAGACUCUGAUAUUUACUUACACAGACUCCUUUUCAGAGACUCUAUAUCCUUUCUUUAGCCCAUGCACCAACAAAUCUGGCAAAAACGAAGCACCACUUAUUAUUUGUCCUCCUUUUCUGGCUGACCCAAGCUGGUUAGAAUAGUGGGACAGAAACCGUUUAGCUCAGGGUUUAUUAUUACUUGACUUUUUUAUAACAAAUUAUGAACAAUAAUGUAGUUUAAGUUACAAUUCAUGUGAUCAUUUCAUAUAUAUAUAUAUCACACACAGUUGAAGUCAGAAUUAUUAGCCUUAUUUAACAUAAUAGUUUUACUCAUUAACUCAUUUCUAAUAACUGUUUACUUUUAUCUUUGCCAUGAUGACAAUAUAUCCUGACACUUCUAUACAGCUUAAAGUGACAUUUAAAGGUUUAACUUGGUUAAUUAGGUUAACUAGGCAGGUUAGGGUAAUUAAGCAAGUUAUAGUAUAACGAUGGUUUGUUCUAUAGACUAUUGAAAAAAUAUAUAGCUUAAAGGGGCUACUAAUUUUGACCUUAAAAUGGUGUCUAAAAAAUUAAAAAAACUGCUUUUAUUCUAGCCGAAAUAAAACAAAGAAAACUUUCUCCAGAAGCAAAAAAUAUUAUCAGACAUACUGUGAAAAUUUCCUUGCUUUGUUAAACAUAAUUUGGGAAAUAUUUUAAAAAGAAAAAAGAAUUUAAAGGGGGGCUAAUAACUCUGACUUCAACUGUGUAUAUAUAAGCAUUCCUCACAUUUAAAGGGAUAGUUCACCCAAAAAUGUCAAAUUUGUCAUCAUUGACUCAAUUUUUUGAGAGUCCAAUGUCAAAAGAAGAUAUUUUGAAGAAAGCUGGAAACCUGUAACCAUUGACAUCCAUAGUAUUUGUUUUUUUCCACUAUUGGUCGAUGGUUACUGGUUUCCAACAUUCUUUAAGAUAUAUUUUGUGAUAUUUUCACAAAAAGGAAAAAAACUCCAGCUGGUUUGGAACAAGUGAAGGGUGAAUAAAUGUUUAUUUAAGUAGUUUUCAAACCUUUAAGACUUUCUUUUUAACAUUAAACACAAAGGAAAAUAUUUUAAUGAUUGUUACUGCUGGGAGACAUUGAUAUACAGUAGGAAAAAUACUAUUUUUCAAAACAUCUUCUUUUGUGUUUAAAAAGUAAAACAAGUAAAUGAUGACAGAUUUUUCUUUUUUGGCCAAACUGUCCCACUUAUGCAUCAUAAACUUCAUAAAUGUUGUAUAAAAUUUAAAUGUUUAUUGUAAAUUAUUAAUGCCUCGUCUCUUAUGUGCCAUCCAUCAUAAUCUUUAUUCAAGGAAUCUUCCCUUUGUGUUGUAACAAUAUCUGUUCUCUGAUGACAGCUGAAGUUAGCCUGUAUUUAUUAAAUAAUGGUUGUAAUUAACAUCUUUAUUUUAUUUAGCUUAAC